AUGAUUUCAAUGUUUAAGCCAUUAAGAUCCAUAUCAAGGACUCCUUAUCGUCCUUUAAUAUCACGAUCGAUCAUAAGAUCAGUGCUUGCCACUCGAUCUGUGUCCAACUCCACCAUCAACCUUUUACAAUCCCAGGAACAAAUCGCCAAUACAGAUCUCAAUAAUACCACUGCUCAAGCAGAAUUUUACAAACUGUUGUUAGCCAAUAACUACCCCCACAUCGUUGUACAAAGAUAUGAGACUCCAGGAAUUGCCAAUUCUCCUGAGUGUACUCAAUUAUACGCUGAAGCGUUGAAUAAGGUGGGUAAGAAAGGUAAGGCCGAACAAGUCACUAAAGCUUUAACUGCUGGUGGUAAUCUUGGAUUUCCUCAAGGCUUUGGGUCAAAGUAUGAACCGGUUCACGUCAUUGUCAGUGAAAGUAUCUUCACCAUCAUCUCCAAAUGGUUGAAAUGGUUAAUCCCUGUGGCUUUGAUCACUUAUGGUGCCACAAAUGGAUUUAACUAUUUGGUUGAGAAUGGAACUAUCUUCAAGAAUACCGAAGUAGUGGAUAAGUCUGUGGAUGUCAGUCAAAGUACCGUCAAGUUCAGUGACGUGCAAGGAUGUGAUGAAGCUAGGGCUGAGUUGGAAGAAAUUGUUGAAUUCUUGAAGGACCCUUCUAAAUUCACUGGUUUAGGGGGUAAAUUACCUAAAGGGGUACUUUUAACCGGUCCCCCAGGUACCGGGAAGACUUUAUUAGCUAGAGCCACUGCUGGUGAAGCUGGGGUACCAUUUUUCUUUAUGUCGGGGUCUGAAUUUGAUGAAUUAUAUGUUGGUGUUGGUGCUAAAAGAAUCAGAGAAUUAUUUAACCAGGCUAGAAGUAAGAGUCCAGCUAUCAUCUUCAUUGAUGAGUUGGAUGCUAUUGGAGGUAAGAGAAACCCUAAGGACCAAGCUUAUGCUAAACAAACUUUGAAUCAAUUGUUAGUGGAGUUAGAUGGGUUUUCACAAACCUCAGGAAUCAUUAUUAUUGGUGCUACUAACUUCCCUGAAAGUUUAGAUAAAGCCUUGACCCGUCCUGGUAGAUUUGAUAAGGAAGUCAAUGUAGAAUUACCUGAUGUUAGAGGUAGAGUUGAUAUCUUGAAACAUCAUAUGAAGAACGUUGAGACUUCAGGUGAUGUAGAUGCUUCCAUUAUUGCUAGAGGUACUCCAGGGUUAAGUGGAGCUGAAUUGAUGAACUUGGUAAACCAAGCAGCUGUUCAUGCAUCACAAUUGUCAGCUCCUUCUGUAGAUAUGAGUCAUUUUGAAUGGGCUAAAGAUAAGAUUUUAAUGGGAGCUGCUAAGAAGAAGAUGGUGAUAACUGAAGAAAGUAGAAGAAACACCGCUUAUCAUGAAGCAGGUCAUGCCAUCAUGGCCAUGUUCUCUAAGGGAGCCACUCCAUUGUACAAAGCCACUAUUUUACCUAGAGGUAGAGCUUUAGGUAUCACUUUCCAAUUACCUGAAAUGGAUAAGGUAGAUAUGACCAAGACUGAAUGUUUUGCUAGAUUAGAUGUUUGUAUGGGAGGUAAGAUAGCCGAAGAAAUCUUCAACGGACCUGAAAAUGUUACUAGUGGAUGCUCAUCAGAUUUAAGUAAUGCUACUAAUGUUGCUAGAGCUAUGGUAUUGUCUUAUGGUAUGAGUGACGAAAUUGGACCUAUCAAAUUAAGUGAUGAUUGGGAAAGUUGGUCAAUCAAAUUAAGAGAUUCUGCUGAUAAAGAAAUAAGGAAAUUCCUUGUUGAUAGUGAAGCUCGUACCAGGACAUUAUUGAAUGAUAAGAAGACAGAGUUGAAAAGAUUGGCUGAAGGAUUAUUAGAGUAUGAAACUUUAACUAAAGACGAAAUGGAGAAGAUUAUUCGAGGUGAAACUAUCAAUAAGAAUAAAAUGAUCAGUAAUACGGUCAUAAAUAAGAAUUACGAUAGUAUUAUUGAGCCCAAGCUUCCUAAUUAG